GUGUUUGGCUGACGUAUGACGCGUAGUCCCGGUGACUCCUCCCAAUCGACUCGAGAAUUUACAGUCGAGAGGAACAAAAAAGAGAGUAAACCGCGGUUAUAGUACCAUCCACUUUCUCCGGGAUUGUCACGGGAUUUCAAUGUACUGCCUGCUCUUUUGUUUCGGUGUUGAAUUAGGCCGCACAUUUAUGGCGUUUGCGAACGUCAGCGGAGACUUCUGCCAGGCACAGCACCUCGCCCCUGCAGACAAGUGAAUCAUCCGGGCCCCUCCAGUGGACUACGCUACCCAGAAGCCCCCCUGAAAACCAGCACACUGGGACCAAAGCUGCUCUUUCCCACUGCCUCCUGGGUUCACGUGUAGUCCUUGGCUAGAACUUUCCUGUCCCAGUGCAGGGAAAUUAAAAGCAAACUCAAGUCACCUGCCUUCUUCCAGUUUCCUAGCUCAUCAGCCACUCGGAACACCUCUCCUGAAUGGGACCUCUCGCCAAAAUGAACCGCCCAGCAGCCGUGGAGAUCGUCUAUGAGUGCAUGAGGUUUCUCAUCACCCACAACCCCACCAACGCGACUCUCAACAAGUUUACUGAGGAGCUGAAGAAGUUUGAGGUCCACACACUGGUGCGGGUGUGCGAAGCCACCUACGACAAGGCGCCAGUGGAGAAGGAAGGGAUCCAGGUCCUGGACUGGCCCUUCGAUGACGGCGCCCCUCCUCCCACGCAGAUUGUCGACGAUUGGCUGAACUUGCUCAAGACCAAGUUCCGAGAGGAGCCGGGCUGCUGCAUCGCGGUGCACUGCGUCGCGGGAUUGGGCCGAGCACCUGUUCUGGUGGCAUUAGCCUUAAUUGAAAGCGGGAUGAAGUAUGAGGAUGCCGUGCAGUUUAUACGACAGAAGAGACGUGGAGCCUUCAACUCCAAACAGCUACUUUACCUCGAAAAAUACCGACCCAAGAUGCGUCUCAGAUUCAAAGACACCAACGGUCACAACUGCUGCAUUCAGUAGGGUGUGUUACUCAGCAACUUGGGGAGGGAAAGAAAAUGCAAUGAAUUAUGAUUAUAAUUAUGAUAAUGAGCCACGAUUAUGGGGUGUGAGGGGGGAGGUCUUUGUGGAUUCACCAGCUGAAAUGUGGUCAAAGCACACAGCAGGCCCACCUCCAGGUUACCAGUGUCCAACCAUGAGUGAACGUUUUAACACAAGUCCCGCUUUGUUACCAGUGUCCAAUCAUGGGAUAGAUUUUUUUAAAUGCAUAAACAAGUUGAACAAUGAUAAAAAAAACAUCUAGAAAUGUGUAAUAUCCUCAUUGUUUGUAGUGAACUUUUUUUUUCCCUUUCUUUUUGUAUUAUUACUGGUUCAGUGUCUCCUAGGCGAUGAAUUGUAUACCCUUGUAUGAACCCUGAGGCACACAGAAUAUGCAUGCCUGCAUAUUUGAUGGGAGCUGGGAAACUGGGUUUGGGAACAUUGUGUGUCUGAGUGGGCGUGGCGUUCAGUGUUCGGGGGGGCUGGGAUAUACUCGCACAAAACAAAAUCUCUCAAAGGUUCUACUUAAAUGCAGUAAUAUCAUUUUUUCCACCUUUUUUGGAGUCACUUUUAAGGCUGGGUAAGGGUGGGUGUUUGACAGAUAUGUACAGCACACAGUAUCUGCAGGGAUUUGGGGUUCAUCUGUUUUGGCCCUUUUCGUUUGUCUUUGGUGUUCUGGUUCUCUUGGGAGUGCAAUAUAAAGUCCACAUUCAAAAGCCCCUCCUUUGUGACCGUCCUACACACUUCCUGUUUCCCACAGGAAGUCACUUGACAUUUGUUUUAGGUACUCACUACUCACAGCCACCCCUCACUUCCUGGGUUUACGAUAGGACUUUUUUUUUUUUUUUUUUUUUUUGUCGCCAUGCUAUUUUAUUUUAUUUUUGAUGAAUUGCCCUGUAACUGAACUGUCAAUCCUGUAGUCCUACUGGGUGGGAUGGAGAGGGGUGGUAACAAAAACAAACAAAAAAAAUAAAUAAAUAAAUUGUGGUUGGAUCUAUUUUU